AUGCUUGCCAUCCAGUCUAUGGAGGGCCCGCCGCCGAGGGCUCUGGCUGGCCCCUCGAUGCCUCUCGUCGGCCCGGACCAUGGAGAGCCUCGUCAACCGAAGCCAAAGACGCUGCCUUGCAAGUACUGUAGCAAGCGCUUCAGACGAGUGGAACACGUUCAGAGACAUGAGCGCACUCACACCAAGGAGAAGCCCUUUUCCUGUGGCUGGGAUCGUUGUGGGAAAACCUUUGGACGACGGGAUCUUCUCGUGCGUCACGAGAAGCUCGUUCAUCUCAAUGAAGGGAACAAAGAGGGAAACCGUCAGAGGAAGCUGUCCUCUAAUCCCUCUACCACCUCUCACAAGACUUCGGCAUCAGAGGGCCAGAUAGAUACCGAAGCCAUGGGUCUGCACCACCACGCCGCUCCCCGACCGCAAUCGAUGCAUCAGUCAUUACCCCAGCCACCACCGCAGUUUCAACCUGUAUCAGGUCCUCCGCCUACAGUAUCCUCAGGGCCCCAAGAUGCACGAGCCUCGACACGGCCUGGUGCUUGUAACCUCGAUCUCCUUUCAGAUGCAGCUCUCGCAAGUUCGGGGAAUCCUGUGCAGUCUUCGACGAACGAUCCGUCUCAGCAGCAUUCGCCCACUGGCACCAGGAGGAAAAGCUAUGGCGACACCAUUAUUUAUUCAGACCGGCCUCGAGAGGAGGGACAGCAACUGGGACCUGGAUACGUGCCUCAGCCGUCGAAUGGCUCCUAUGACGACUACAACCUCUUCUUGGACGAAUUUUCUUCUUCCGCCCAUUUCCUUCCUCCUCAUUUCGAGCCCGAUCAACAAAUGAGUAUGUGGUCCCGGCCCCCCGGAAGCAUCGCCUCCCAACGACGCCCUUCAAAGCCCGCCUCUCUCUUCCCAUCUCGAUUCCAAAACAUGCCCUCGGACGCACGUGAUCCAGGGGACCCUUCGACUCGUGGUCACGACGAGGCAUCUCGACCAUCAUCCCUCCGGAUUUCGGUAGUGGAUCACACAGUCAUCAAGAACAGGCUGGACGAGUUUUCUUCAGUCUUGCCAAAUGACUUCGUCUUUCCUUCUCGUCAUACGCUUACGAGAUUCCUAGAGGGAUACAUCGGCGGGCUUCACGAGCAUCUGCCUUUUUUGCACCUGCCGACUUUCUCGCCUGUGGAGACUGCGCCGGAAUUGCUCCUUGCAAUUCUUGCCGUGGGUGCCCAGUAUCGAUUUGAGAAGAAUCGAGGAUACGCUCUUUGGUAUGCUGCCAAGGCUGUUGCUAUGGAACAGAUCCGCAGGAGACGUAUUUCCGAAGUACAUGCCUUACUGCCAACGCCCGCGGCAUACAGCCCUCAUUCUACAAGGCCAUCUCCCAAUACUACUUACCGGCAUUCGUUCGCCUCUGCACAGUCGGAGCGACCAACAACACAAGAUACCCACCGGGAGCCUUACUCCCCCAAUACACCUCAAGCCCGAAUCGAGACCAUUCAGGCUGUCCUGUUAUUGUUUGCCGUUGGCCUUUGGGGCGUGAAGACCAUUCUCCAUGAGGCACUCUCACUACAAAGUAACCUAGCAAGUCUCAUCCGCGAGGAGGGUUUAGUGGCAGAGUCAAGCCAAAACGCCGUGAACGACUGGGAAACGUGGAUCCGACUUGAGACAGCAACUAGAACUAAGCUUGUCGCCUACUGCUUCUUUAACCUCUGCAGCAUCGCUUACAACAUGCCGCCACUACUACUGACGUCGGAGCUAAACCUUUUCCUACCGCAGAGAGGGAAGCUUUGGAGAGCAGAGAGCGCUUGGCAAUGGCAGGAAAUGCGACAGUCGACGCCGAGUGUGGACCUGACCUUCCACGAUGCCUUUUCUCGGCUGUUUGGUCGUACGAACCAAGGACUCCCAACGCAUCUGUCGUCCUUUGGAAGCCAUGUGCUCAUUCAUGCCUUGAUCCAGCACAUUUACCUACUGAAGCAGACGUCGUUUGCGACCGGGCUGCCCUACGAUAUUCACCGAACGAUGAAGCCGGAGGAUGUCGAAGAAGUGACACAGGCGUUGCGGAUUUGGCAGACCAGUUUCGAGGACCAACACCAAUUACGAGCCGCAGAAUCUGGACAUUUCAGCGUGGCAGACUCGAUCGAAGGAGGCACUCUAGACUUUACGGCGACGGCGCUGCUUCGGUUGGCAUACAUUCGACUUUACACGGAUGGGUCGCCCUCGACAGCGCUCGAAACCCGAGACCCACUCCUAGUGGCGUCAGCGCUGAGCCGGACUCCUUUGCUGGUGAGAAGCUUAAGAUUGCACCGGGCUGUCUUCCAAGCGAUUCAUGCACUCUCUAUGCUGGUGAAGGCGGGUGUCAACUACGUGGCCAGGACCAAGUCGGCCGAAUGGAGCAUCCAACACUCACUGUGUAAUAUUGAGUGCGCUAUCCUUGUUUCCAAGUGGUUGUUGACACUCGCUGCCAUCGGACCCAACGACCUCCCAGUCUCUCCAGAAGAGAAGAACCUGCUUGAGAUGGUGCGACGUAUGCUCGACGAAACCGAGUUUGCGGUACCCAUCGACCCUUCUCUAUCGGGUGGAAAUUCGGGAUCGGCGCAAAUGGAAAUAGCAACGAGCGACAGCGCCAAGCUUCGACAGCUAGCGAGCGCAGUGGUUCGGCUCUGGGCCGAGACGUUCAAGGGAACCCACAUUUUCGACAUGGUCAAAGUGAUGGGAGCCAGUCUUGAUGGAUAUGCCGACUUGGUUGAGAAGCCCAGAGAUAGGACGCCUCCCGGCAGGAUGGCGGCCGAUGCAGGUCUUGGUUAA